CAAGCUUUAAAGUCCAAGUGGAUCCUGGUGCUUGCGAAUCAGGAUGCCGGGCGUGGUCUUCCUAAUCGUUGUGCCUACGGCGAAUUUUGAACGUGAGCUGAUUUACGGCACCUCAAAUAAUGCCCUGCUGGAGACGUCGUCUGCCGUUGGCAUUGGCAGCCAUCCGGGACACCUCACUGGUGGCCAUGGUGGCCAUACUGCGGUCACUGCAGCCGCCAAUGGUGGUGGCAACAAUAAUCUGAACAUCAAUCUUCCGGAGAAUAACAACGCAAUACUACGACUCGAAGUUGAAUUACGUGACAAGAAUGUGCCCAAGUAUCGUCGUGGCGGAGGCGGUGGGCGUGGCGGUGGCCCAGGCAUCGGACAAGUGGGCGGCGGACAAGUAGGCAAGCGAACCGCAGGAGGCGCAGGUGGUGCAGGAGGAACGGGCACCGGAGUCCAGAUUUUGCCAGCUGACACCUCAACGGUGGUGGGUGCUCCCAUGGACAAACGUAAUUUAGUGGUGCCGCUCGAAAAGGUACUGGAGGAGCUGCUUGUCAAGCUGGAAAUUGAGCACGUUACUUGGACGACCAGCAAGAAGGGAUAUUUCCAUCACGUCGUUUUUCCGCUGCAGGCGGGAUCCCCCUGCGAGACGACGCUGCACUGCCUCACGGAACUGGGCAUUGGCACUAAAUUGAAUUCCAGUGUCAGUGUGCUGCCGUGCAGCGUUAGUUAUGAUGCCAUCACAGAUGCGGCCAACAUGCGAGAUGACUACAGCGAGGAAGCCGAGGAUGCCUCGAAAUGGAACAAUUUUGUGGAAUCAAUUAAGUCGAAAUUAACAGUCAAACAGGUGGUGGAUGGAGUUCGAGCCGGAGGAUCCUUGUCCUUUGACUACUUGCUGCUAAUCGUUACAGCCGACUCUUUGGCCGCCCUGGGCCUCGUGGAGAAUAAUGCCCCCAAUAUAGUGGCUGCCAUGUUAGUUUCGCCGCUUAUGGGUCCCGUAAUGUCGAUAACAUUCGGCGCAAUUAUCUCCGACAAAGAACUAAUGAGAGUUGGCUUCCUUUGCCUCGGAUUGGGCAUGUUUAUCUCGCUGCUAUUUGGCUUCAUCUUCGGCCUAAUCCUGGGCACCACCGAAAUGCCUUGGGGCCAGAACUCCGACUGGCCCACGGAGGAGAUGCGCGGCAGGGGCAAUGUGCGCGCCCUUUGGAUGGGCGUUUUGUGGGCGUUAACAUCUGGCACUGGCGUGGCAGUGGCCUUGCUCCAGGGUUCCGCCGGUCCGCUGAUCGGGGUCGCCAUAUCCGCCUCCCUGCUCCCGCCCGUCGUCAAUUGCGGUCUCUUCUGGUCACUGGCCUGCAUUUGGCUCAUCUAUCCGGAGAAGCGGAUUCCGCACUUGAAGAACGAGGCGAUGAACGCGACUAGUGCAUACCCCUUCCUCUACACCAACUAUCUGCCCACCGAGUUCCUGAUCAACGGCAUCGUGUCCGCCUGCCUGACCAUCGUGAAUGUCAUUUGCAUAUUUAUCACGGCCAUAAUCGUAUUGAAAAUUAAAGAGGUCUCGGCGCCAUAUACGGCCAGUCCGGAUUUAAAGCGAUUUUGGGAAACAGAUCUUCGCACCGUACGCAAAACGAAUCGCUCAACAAUGCGGCAUCCUCGCAGCCGCAGCUCGAUGGCCGGAGGUCCUGGAGGACAUGGAGGGAUGGGUACCGUCAGGGGCAUGGACAAGUUCAGCGGUGGCGCCCUCUAUCACGGCCUGGACGAGCGUGAUGCCCAGAUGGACAAUGCGCUGGAAAGGGCUCUGGCCCAGGCGGAGAACGAUGCCACAUUCAGGAAGGUCAAGCGGAUGAGCUACUCCAGCAAUGCGGCUGGCGAGCUAACCGAGCGACUGGCAAAGAUAGCCGGCCUAAACCGCCUAAAGACAGAUGGUGAUCCAGGACAAACGGGAUCGGGCAGUCUGUCUGGCAGUCGAAUGAACUCCAUUCCGAACUCCCAGUUGAAUGUGGAUCUGAAGGCGCUGGACAAGCUGGUAAGCACUCUUCUGGAGCAGCACACUUCGGGUGCCAAGGGAGCCACCUCCUUUAAGCCCGAAACGGGCACACGCACUCCGCCGCUGCAGCGAAUGGCCUCCAAGAAGCUGAACCGUUGGCGUCCACUCUCCCGAUCUGCCCACAGCUACAAGCGUCACGAGAGCAGUGAUCUCAUCGGUGGUAGCUUCACCCAGCUGAUGGAGCGCGUUGAUCCGCCGGCGACUUCCGCCCAGCAUCCACCCAACAUGCCAACGAUCAUGGAGAGCAGUGCCGGCAGUCCAACUCCGAACAAUGCCCAGCAACAGGCGGGUCAUCCGCCCAUGUGGAAUGCAUCCUUGGACGCGACGCCAGGUGCGGUGAGAAAUGUGCUGCACGGAGCAGCUAGUGGAGCCAGAAAUGAGGCCGAGGAUCAGCUCAAUUUGACGCAAAACUAUGUGGACUGAGCAUUCUCUUAUAUUAUAAAAAAUAUUUUACAAAGUGUUGUUUCCAAAAAUUAUUUUAUAUUUAUUUGAAGAUGAUAUUGAUAUAAAUAAAAAUAUUUGUGCUUU